UCUGCACCGUGAACCUGACAUGUCCGGAGAGGAGCGGCUCUCAGUGUAGUUCCACCCGGACAGAGUGAGGACCGCAGGGGCCUGAGCCUCCACACAGCCCCGCUGCAGAGCUCCAGGAGCCCGCAGAGAGGAGGGAAUGUUAGCGGUGGGUCCGAUGGACGGGUCCCGACAGAGCGCCUUCCUCCUCAGCACCCCCCCUCUGGCUGCUCUGCACAGCAUGACCGAGAUGAAGACCCCGCUGUACCCGGCCUACCCGCUGUCCUCCACCGGCCCCAACUCCUCUACCUCACCGGCCACCACCUCGCCCAACCCGGGCGGCAUGGCCGUGUCCUCCCCGGGGAUCAAGAGCUCCUCGGGUCUGUGCUCGGGGCUCGGAUCCCCGCAUCUGUGCUCCUCCGCGACCCCUCACGGAAUUAACGACAUCCUGAACCGGCCCGCCGCGGCCGCGAUGGCCAUGGCCGCCGCCGCCGCCUCCUCCUCGGCGGGGCUCCUGUCGGGUCUGCCCCGGUUCAGCAGCCUCAGUCCGCCGCCGCCCCCCGGACUUUACUUCAGCCCCAGCGCCGCCGCGGUGGCGGUGGCCCGGUACCCGAAGCCCCUGGCGGAGCUGCCGGGCCGGACGCCCAUCUUCUGGCCCGGAGUCAUGCAGAGUCCGCACUGGAGGGACGCGCGGUUCGCGUGCUCGCCGCAUCACAACUCAGUUUUACUGGAUAAAGACGGAAAGAGGAAACACACCAGACCCACGUUCUCCGGACAACAGAUCUUUGCUCUGGAAAAAACUUUCGAACAAACCAAAUAUCUGGCGGGACCCGAGAGAGCCCGACUGGCGUAUUCCCUGGGAAUGACCGAGAGCCAAGUCAAGGUGUGGUUUCAGAACAGGAGGACCAAGUGGAGGAAGAAACACGCAGCAGAGAUGGCCACCGCGAAGAAGAAGCAGGACUCGGAGACAGAGAGGCUCAAAGGCACUUCGGACAACGAGGAGGAGGACGACGACUACAACAAACCUCUGGAUCCGAACUCUGACGACGAGAAGAUCACACAGCUGCUCAACAAGCACAAGCCCGGGCCCGCGCUGCUCGUGCACACCUCCGAGAACGACAGCUCCUAACUGAUGCGGGGCUCUGUCGGUGGCGCGCACGGACACGCACCUGUGUGUGUGGGUGUGUGUGUGCGUGUGAGGACUCAGUUGUAAAUACCAGAGAAAC